AUGUUUGGUCGUUUGAACAACGGCUGGUCACACAUGGUCGUUUACGGGUUUGCCUAUCCGAUGCUUCUUCUGACGUUGAUUGCUCCACUAUGUGCAGUGAUGUUAGGCAUGGGAAAACGAGAGAAACGUGAAGGCGAUCGCAGAUUUCCAAAUCCACUGUAUCAGAUGAUUUGGCUACUGACAUUCUGUGGAUGGGUUAGUGUACUGGCGCCGCUACCGUUCACCGUCUGGUACUAUAUUAUAGGCGAAGGAACGAGAUCUCUCAACCAAUCCGUUGUCAUGUGUCACGUGUUCCGAACCACUAUGGAGGCUAUACCACACACCAUCGAUACUAUGAUGACGCUUUUCAGUGUGUUACUCGCAGCAGCGAGGUGGGUGCAGUGA